CACGUGACUUCCCUGCUCAUCGGUGAGCUUCCGCCGUGUCUUUGCCUCAACUGAAUCCCCGUCGCUUCCUCUGGACGAACACAAAGGAAACAGCCUCGCCCGCACUUUCAUUUCAACAGCAACAGCAACACAACACAAACAAUUGCUCUCGAUAGGCCGCCGGUGGUUUCUACGUCGCCAUUUCCAGCGGCUGACGCGGUGAUGGACACCGACUUCACGUCCGGCCUGGAGAACCCGCUGUACGGCGAGCUGAAGUAUUUCUGCCGCAAGAUUCAGGAGGCUUAUAACGAGCUGAAGGAGGACCUGACGCCCUACAGAGAUGACCGCUUCUAUAGACUGGCCCCCAUGCGUCUGUACAGUCUGUCCAAAAGGCACUUCGUCUUGGUCUUCGUGGGCUUCCUCAUUUGUUUUGGCCUCACUGUCGUCUUCGGCAUCGCAGGUCCGAAGAUUAUUUCCGAGCACUUGCACAGUGGAGAUCUAGGGAAAAAUCUCUCAGUAAAGACUGGACCCUUUCUUCUACUUUCACCUCCUUUGACCACCUACAACCAGCAGCUAUGGCUCACCUGUGUGAUGCAGGCGGAGCACAGCAGCGUGGGAGACUUCAAACAGCAGUUUGAGAUUACCGUUGAGCUGAAGGGAUGCCAGGAUGCCAGUGUAGUGCACAUCAACACUGUUCAGCAGAAAUCCCGGAAUCUCCACUGCGUAGAUAUAUGUGAUGAGAUCAUUAUACUGCACCUGGGAUACCUGAACUACACCCAGUACACGGUUAAAAUCACCUUCUCUGGAAUUGAAAGUAUUUCCAGCGAAUUGAAAGUCAACUUUGUGUGGAAGACCUUUAACCCCACUUUUUCUCAAGUGGAAAUCUGGUUCAGAUUUGUGUUUGUGGUGUUGACCUUCAUCGUGACGUGUCUAUUUGCUCACUCUCUGAGGAAGUUCUCCAUGAGAGACUGGGGAAUCGAACAGAAGUGGAUGUCUAUCCUGCUCCCGCUGCUGCUACUUUACAACGAUCCAUUUUUCCCGCUGUCCUUCCUGGUGAACAGCUGGUUCCCUGGGACGUUGGAUGCUUUCUUCCAGGCUCUUUUCCUCUGUGCUCUGCUGCUUUUCUGGCUCUGCGUCUACCAUGGCAUCAGGGUUCAGGGCGAGAGGAGGUUCCUGACAUUCUACCUGCCAAAGCUGAUCAUCGUGGGUCUCCUGUGGCUCUCUGCAGUCACUCUGGGCAUCUGGCAGACGGUCAAUGAACUUCAAGACCCCACAUACCAGUAUAAAGUGGAUAUAGCAAACUUUCAGGGCAUGAAGGUGUUCUUCCUCAUCGUGGUUGUCCUCUACAUCCUCUACUUGGUCUUCCUGGUGGUCAGAGCUUGCUCAGAACUGAAGAACAUGCCAUACUCUGAUCUGCGGCUCAAGUUUUUGACAGCGCUGACGUUUGUGGUCCUGGUUAUAAGCAUGGUCAUUCUUUACCUGAGGUUCGGGGCCAAGGCUCUCCAAGACAAUUUUGUGGCGGAACUAUCCACUCACUACCAGAAUUCAGCAGAAUUUUUAUCCUUCUACGGUCUACUGAACUUUUACUUGUACACAUUAGCCUUUGUGUACUCGCCCUCCAAAAACGCCCUCUAUGACUCCCAACUGAAAGACAAUCCUGCGUUCUCAAUGCUCAACGACUCUGACGACGAAGUGAUAUAUGGGAGUGAUUAUGAAGAAAUGCCUUUGCACAACGGACGAGCCAUGAAAGCCACCACCAAGUACAGAGACGACAGUGACAGCGACUGAUUCUCCUGCACCCAGACACGAUGACUCAGUUCCUUGAAACGUUAUGCUGUACGUAAAAAAAAAAAAAAAAAAACAAUGGGCUCCUGUUGUCUCCUGAAUGUACUGUACUUUCACCAAACUUGGAGACGAGCAGUGUCACGGUGGGGAUGAAAUCAAAUUUCUUUUCCUUUCUACCAGCAGUCAUUUUAUUUUAGGGAAAGUGCAAAUUGUAAUGUUUUUUUUCCUCGUGCCACAGUCAUCCAUGUACAGUUUUUUAUUCCUUUAUGAAGAAGACAUUCACAGCCAAAGGUAGAGGACGUACUAAUAUCGGGGUUUCCUGAUUGGUUUGUCUCAAAGCAGCGUGAAAGAAACCAGAGCAGGUGUGAACUUGACCUGCUGAUGAACGUGCACUUAUCUAUUUAUUCGAUUGAUCAUGACUUUGCCUCUUUUACACAUGAUUUACUACUGAAGGGUUGUUUUGUAUUCCACCUCUUGUUUAUUCUCAUUCGCCUUAUUUACGUGUUUCAUUUCAGCUCUUUGGCUCCAGCAGCUCAAUGUGUCUGUCCUUUACAAAUCUCAUGGUGCCUUGUCUCUGCAAUGAUCCGUAUUGGCUCUGUAAAUAUUAAACCCUCGGAUGUGUGUGGGUGAGUGAUGUUGGUCGUCAGGUGAUGCUUUUAAAGAUUUGUCAUUUCAAAUGUAAAUAAAUCACUCUUAACUU